AUACGUUUCAGCCAUCGGCCAUUUCCCAUCACUACUCAGCGCACAACACAAGAGUAAAGGCUGCACAACAAGCCUAGUGCUCUGCUGCGAAUAAAGAAAAGAGAGUCAAAUUACCCCGCCCCCCGACAACGAAACGGAGUGACGACAACGAGGCUUGCAUAAUGAAAAUCUGGACGUCGGAGCACAUAUUCAACCAUCCAUGGGAGACGGUUACACAGGCGGCAUGGCGAAAAUAUCCGAAUCCCAUGACGCCCUCGAUCAUUGGCACUGACGUUGUCGAGCGACAAGUCAUCGACGGCGUGCUGCACACACAUCGCCUGGUGCAAUCCAAAUGGUAUUUCCCGAAGUGGACGCACGCGCUGAUAGGCACCGCCAAGUCGUGCUUUGCCAGCGAACGCUCGACGGUGGACCCGAAAACCAGGCAGAUGGUCUUGAAGACAAACAAUCUCACAUUCUGCCGGAACAUAAGCGUCGACGAGGUGAUCUACUACGAACCACAUCCUGCAGAUGCCAGCAAAACGUUGCUAAAACAGGAGGCCACAGUGACUGUCCAUGGAGUGCCGCUGUCGCACUACAUGGAAGACUUGCUUACAUCCACGAUUAGCUCAAACGCUGGCAAGGGACGCCAAGGACUGGAAUGGGUGAUCGGACUGAUCAAUACGGAGGUUAAAGGCAUUGCCGAAUCGGCGGCACGGGGCACCGAUGAGCUGAUACACACAACGCGACGUUCCAUUGAUGAGGUCACAGAGAGUGCCCGCAAGGGCAUGGAUGAGAUUAGUGUGCAGGCAUCCAAGGCGGCAAAAGCGAUGCACAUAACAUAGACCCUAGCGACGCAGGGGCUGGCCGAGUGGAGAGAUCAGCAGAUAUUAAUCUAAGCGCAAGAUACGCUGUUUUUUUAGUACAACAUUUAGUGCAACACAUCAACGACAACAACAUACAUACAUACGAGCAGCCGCAAAUUCGAUUGUUUCUUCAAAUUCCCUGAUUCCCUGAUAUAUAUUUUAUAUACAACAUGACCACACAAUGGUUAUCAGUCGUGGAACUGAAAUUGAUAAGAUUGGCGGCGGGCAUAGGUUACCUGAGCCCCGCGCCAUGCGAAUAGUAUAGUAGCUGCAAUGAGUAACAAUAAUCAACUAUAGAUACUGUCGAAAACUA